AUGCGCUUCCUCCUCGUCACAGCUCUCGCAGCUUUCGCUGCUGCACAAAGCACCACAUCAAUGAGCGCCAGCGCAAGCGGCAGCAUGACAACCUCCACCUCCUCAGCUGCUCCCUCUUGCGCUGCAGGCCAAUCAACCUGCAACGGCGUCUGCUUCGACAGCAGCGAGUACACCUGCUGCCCCGCCGGGCUCUGUGCCAGCGGUAGCUACUGCGGUCAAGACAACUCUGGCAAUGCUGCCUGCUGCGCUCAAAACACUGCUGGAACCUGCUCUGCCGCCUCAACACCUACAUCUCUCAGCCGUGGUGCUACUGCCUCGUCAGGCGCUGCGUCGGCAACUUCGUCCUCAGCUAGUGGUAGCAGGAGUGCCAGCUCUUCCUCUUCUACUGCUUCUGGAUCUCAAAGCAGCAGCGCAAGCACUGCUUCUUCUUCAGGUGCCGCUGCUGGCCACGUCGACUCCUGGCUCUCAAACGCCAUUACCUAUGCCGCUGGCGGCNNCCUCGUUGCUGCUGCUCUGAUCUAA